CACACACACACACACACACACACACACACACACACACACACACACACACACACACACUCCUCCCUAACGUUCAUUCCGCUCUAACAGGUGACGAUGAAGGUGUGUGUGUGAGCUGAUGUGGACGUGAAUUCAGCAGAAUGGACCAGUGUGAGGACGGAGAGGAGGGAGUCCCUCCCUCUAAAACCUCUCUGUGUGGGGAACAUGAGAGUCGGAGCAAAGCUCAGAGGAAUCAACCUGAACCUGGACCUGGACCUGGACCUGGACCCGGACCCGGACCCAGCUGUGUGUCCUUGAAGAGCGACCAGUCAAAGGAAGAGGUUAUUAACUUCAAAGGAGACCAACGUUCAGCUGUAAAGAGGGUCCAUCAGAAAAGAGACUCUCUUGAACAUGAACCCAGCUGUUUGUCCUUGAAGAGCGACCAGUCAAGGGACUGGUUCGCUGAAUUUAAAGGAGACCAACAUUGUUCUUCAGAGAGAGUGGACCAGCAGAUCUCAGAGUCUCCCAGUGGUCCGUCUGUCCAGCAGCAUCAGACCCAGCUGGACUCCAUCUUUCAGCUGCUGGAGGACGACAUCGUCAUGUUUGUGAAGGACGAGCUGAAGAAGAUCCAGAAGGUUCUGAGUCCAGAUUACCCAGAAUCCUCAGAGAGUCUGGAGGAGGAUGAAGAUGAAGAGCAGAAGAGCAUCAGAGAGACAUUCAUGAAGAUCACAGUGAAGUUCUUGAGGAGGAGGAAGCAGGAGAAAAUGGCUGACCUCCUGCAGAGCAAGACUGUCGCUGCCGUUUGUCAAUCCAAACUCAGACGUCAGCUGCAGAAGAAGUACCAGCAUGUGUCUGAGGGGAUCACUAAAGCAGGAAAGACAACCCUUCUGGAGCAGAUCUACACAGAGCUCUACAUCACAGAGGGAGGGACCGGAGAGGUCAACGAAGAACAUGAAGUCAGACAGAUUGAAGCAGCUUCGAGGAAACCAGACGGAGCAGAAACAGCCAUCAGACAGGAAGACAUCUUUAAACCCCCACCUGGAAGAGAUGAACCAAUCAGAACGGUGAUGACGAAGGGAGUGGCCGGCAUCGGGAAAACAGUCCUAACACAGAAGUUCAGUCUGGACUGGGCUGAAGGCAGAACCAACCAGGACAUCCAGUUCCUGUUUCCAUUCACCUUCAGAGAGCUGAAUGUGCUGAGAGAGGAGAAGUUCAGCUUGGUGGAACUUGUUCAUGGAUUCUUCUCUGAAACCAAAGGAAUCUGCAGCUUUGAAGAGUUCCAGGUCGUGUUCAUCUUUGACGGUCUGGAUGAGUGUCGACUUCCUCUGGACUUCCACAACUCUACAAUCGUCAGUGACCCCAGAAGGUCCACCUCAGUGGACGUGCUGCUGACAAACCUCAUCAGGGGGAAACUGCUUCCUUCUGCUCGUCUCUGGAUCACCACACGACCCGCAGCAGCCAAUCAGAUCCCUCCUGACUGUGUUGACAUCAUGACAGAAGUCAGAGGGUUCAAUGACCCACAGAAGGAGGAAUACUUCAGGAAGAGGAUCAGGAACAAGAAGCAGACCAGCAGGAUCAUCUCCCACAUCAAGACAUCACGGAGCCUCCACAUCAUGUGCCACAUCCCAGUCUUCUGCUGGAUCACCGCUACGGUCCUGGAGAAAGUCCUGGAAAACGUCCUGGAAACCAGAGAGGGAGGGGAGCUGCCCAAGACCCUGACUGAGAUGUACAUCCACUUCCUGGUGGUCCAGGCCAAACUGAAGAAGGUCAAGUAUGACGGAGGAGCUGAGACGGAUCCACACUGGAGUCCAGAGAGCAGGAAGAUGGUGGAGUCUCUGGGAAAACUGGCUUUUGAGCAGCUGCAGAAACCUGAAGGAAACCUGAUCUUCUAUGAAUCAGACCUGAGAGAGUGUGGCAUCGAUCUCAGAAAGGCUUCAGUUUACUCAGGAGUGUUCACCCAGAUCUUUAGAGAGGAGAGCAGCCUGUACCAGAACCAGGUCUUCUGCUUCAUCCAUCUGAGUGUUCAGGAGUUUCUGGCUGCUCUUCAUGUCCAUCAGACCUUCAUCAAGUCUGGAGUCAACCUGCUGGAGGAACAAAGAAACACCUCCUGGUGGUUUAAAACAAGAGCAGAGACUCAGCUCUAUCAGAGUGCUGUGGACAAGGCCUUACAGAGUCCCAAUGGACACCUGGACUUGUUCCUGCGCUUCCUCCUGGGUCUUUCACUGGAGACCAAUCAGAACCUCCUACGAGGUCUGUUGGAACCAAAACAAAGAAGAUUACAGAACAAUCAGGAAACAGUUAAAUACAUCAAGAAGAAGAUCAGUGAGGACCUGUCUGCAGAGAUAAGCAUCAACCUGUUCCACUGUCUGAAUGAACUGAACGAUCGGUCUCUGGUGGAGGACGUCCAACAGUACCUGAGGUCUGGACGUCUCUCCACAGAUAAACUGUCUCCUGCUCAGUGGUCGGCUCUGGUCUUCAUCUUACUGUCAACAGGAGAAGAUCUAGAGGUGUUUGACCUGAAGAAGUUCUCAGCUUCAGAGGAGGUUCUACGGAGGCUGCUGCCGGUGGUCAAAGCCUCCAAGAAAGUUCUACUGAGUGGCUGUCACCUCUCAGGGAAAAUCUGUCCACUUCUGUCCUCAGUUCUCAGCUCUCAGUCCUCCAGUCUGACAGAACUGGACCUGAGCAACAACGACCUGCAGGAUUCUGGACUGAAGAAGUUGUGUCCUGGACUGGAGAGUCCACACUGUAAAAUGGAGUCUCUCAGGCUGUCAGGCUGUCUGAUCUCAGAGGAAGGAAGUUCUUCUCUGGUCUCAGCUCUGACCUCCAACCCCUCCCACCUGAGAGAGCUGGACCUGAGCUACAACCACCUGCAAGAUUCAGGACUGAAGAAGCUUUGUCCUGGACUGGAGAGUCCACACUGUAAACUGCAGUCUCUCAGGCUGUCAGGCUGUCUGAUCUCAGAGGAAGGAAGUUCUUCUCUGGUCUCAGCUCUGACCUCCAACCCCUCCCACCUGAGAGAGCUGGACCUGAGCAACAACGACCUGCAGGAUUCUGGACUGAAGAAGCUGUGUCCUGGACUGGAGAGUCCACACUGUAAACUGGAGUCGCUCAGGCUGUCAGGCUGUCUGAUCUCAGAGGAAGGAAGUUCUUCUCUGGUCUCAGCUCUGACCUCCAACCCCUCCCACCUGAGAGAGCUGGACCUGAGCUACAACCAUCCAGGGGAGUCAGCAGGGAAGCUUCUGUCUAGACUGGAGGAUCCCCGCUGGAGACUGGACACUCUCAGGGUGGAGCCUGCUGGACAACGAUUUCUGACACCAGGUCUGAGGAAGUAUUCCUGUCAACUCACCGUCGACACAAAAACAGUCAACAACAACAUCCAACUGUCUGAUGACAACAGGAAGAUGAUGUGGGUGUGGAAUCAGUCAUAUCCUGAUCAUCCAGACAGGUUUGAUUACUUUCAUCAGCUUCUGUGUAGAGAAGUUCUGACGUGUCGCUGUUACUGGGAAUUCCAGAGGAGCGGAACUGUUUCUGUAUCAGUGAGUUACAGAAGAAUCAGCAGGAGAGGAAACUCUGUUGACUGUAGGUUUGGAGGAAACGAUCAUUCCUGGAGUCUGGACUGUUCUCCAGGUCGUCAGUACCGUGUCCUUCACAAUAACAGAGAAACAUCCACCACCUCCUCAUCUCUAUGUCCAGACUCUGGCAGAGCAGCAGUUUACGUGGACGUUCCUGCUGGAACUCUGUCCUUCUAUGAAGUCUCUGACAGACUGAUCCACCUCCACACCUUCAACACCAGCUUCUCUGAACCGUUCUGUGCUGGAUUUGGAUUCUGGUCCAGUUCUGGUUCCUCAGUGUCUUUGUGUCCAGUUUAGUCUCCAGAGUCUCCUGUCAGAGAAACUGUCUCUGUUGGAUCCUGGACUUGGACUCUGGUUCUGGUUCCUCAGUGUCUCCAUGAUGAAGAUGAUGAUGAUGAUGAUGAUGAUGAUGAUGAUGAUGAUGAUGAUGAUGAUGAUGAAGAUGAUGAUGAUGAUGAUGAUGAUGAUGAUGAUGAUGGUGAUGAAGGAGACGAUCAACAUUUAUCUUUAGUUUUUUGGUUUAUUGUAUUUUUAUUUGAUCUUUUUCACAUUUAAACAUUAAAUAAUUUACUGGACUGUUGAUAUUUGAUCAUAAAUUAGAUUUUUAUCUCAUUAUUCUUUUUUUAUUUAUUCUUAAUUCUGUCUAAAUGUUUUCAUGUUUGACUUCACGUUUAGAUUCUUAAAGUCUUGUUUCUUCCUUGAAACAUAGUUUGAGCUUCAAAUCUAAACAUUUCCAUUUUACAUUCAACUUUUCCAGUUUGUAUAAUAUUUGAUUGAUUUAUCUGAUUGUUUUGAUUUGAUUCCUUCAGUUUUCAAAGUUGUUGAUGUAAAAAUGAAGUGAGAAGAUGGAAAUAUUCAUGUAACAUCCAACAUGUAAAAACACCAGCAACAUGUUUAAAAGUAUUCAAGUACUCUUGAAACCAGUUUUUUUAAGGAAAGGUGUAUUUACUGCAACUUUAAAAACAUGAUGUACAUAUCCUAAGUUUAGGGAUAAGUUGAUCUGGUCCAGUAUUGUCGUACCAAAAAGAGAAAAAAAUAUGUCCAUAUUUCUGUGCAAAACAUGUUUAGAUAAAUGUAAAUGACCUUUUAUGUUGCAUGUCCUUGGCAAACAUCAGAAUGUAACAUGUUUCCUGCUGGGUAUUGAUCUGCUGUCAAAGGUCUGAAUAAAACAAUCUGAACAGAAAAA